CCUCUCUUCACCCCACUAGCCAUCACAGUCCGUUCGCUUCAUCAUUCUUUUAGAUCUUCUAUAAGCAGCUCUUAUCGUAUAAUUCACCUCUUUUGACCAAUUGACUGACACCCUUGUAAUCAAUAAUCAAUAUGAGCGAUAUCGAUAUUGAGGAAGAGCAAAGCCCGAAUCCAACGUUUUGGCUCGAGUUUCGCACUUUUGACGAUGGCCUCUCCUCACAAGUCAAAUCGUCAUCCACUCUCACCGCAUUUCCUCAAUUCGCACAACUACCGCCCGAGCUGCGCCUACGAAUAUGGUCAUUACUCAUUCAACCCCGCAUUAUCGUCGUCUGUUGUCUUCAACGCGAUGAACGGCUUGAUCAAAGACUUUAUGAGUUGAACCAACGGUCGCAUGGAAGAUCAGUGCCUGUACUAUUGCACAUCAACCGCGAGACGCGAUAUCUAGCUUUACAGCAUUAUGAGCUUGCCUUUGGAUGGCGCAUUUCGAAGCUCCUUUCAGAUACGCCCGUAUCUGAGCCGCCACGCGUCUGGUUCAAUUUCGCUCUUGACGCAGUCUAUCUUGCAGGUGAACUAGAAGCAUACGAUAUCUACGGGUUUAACUCGGCAAUGGUGUAUUUCUUACGACGGGAGGACACUCAUAGGGUCAAGCAUCUCGCAUGUGUACUCUCGGAGCUCGGUUACGCGGAGCAGGAAAGUGAUCAGGUGUUUGGAUGCUUGUGGCACGUUGUCGAUGGGUUUCCUGCUGCGAAGAAGGUCUUGCUUGUGGUAGGUGAAAAGGAUGAGGAGGCUUUGAAAGGAAGUAAGCUGUUGAGUACAGAUAAUGUGAUGCAGAAGAUAUGGAAUGGCUUCUUGGGUGGAUCAGCAACGGAGACAAGUUCGAGAAUGGCGGAUAAAUCAAUGCUGAUGAUCGAAGAACACGAUCUGCCGGGGUUUAUCACAAUGCAAUAACCUGGCCUUGAGUCUAAGCGAAGUGAAUAGACGAGAAGAACCACAUAGAUACUUUAGUCUAUAGUCUCACAUGAGCUUUUACCUCCAUUGGCUUGGACUAGGCACUCUUACCUAGCAGAUACCGACAUGGGACGGGGUGCCUAUGCGUAUUAGAUGGAUCUUGACGUGUGGGGAUAGUGUAUACUUAGAAUAGAGCUUUCGAGACUUAUACCAG